CCUUUUUUUUAUUGCAUCACUCGGAAAUUGAUUUAAAAACCGAAAGUGAAAACUCCAAAUGGUGUUAGACAGAACAUGGGCAAAGCUAAUAAAUGACGAAUUCUUCUCAUUUAUGGCUUAGUUACUCAGCCACACUUCGAAGGGCCAUUCCUUUAUGGGAUUUGUCAUUUGUUGGUCUCUAGCAACUACAAAUAAAAAUGGUGGGGGCUCCUUGGUUUCUGAUGAAAUUUGGGAUCUAGGGUUCUUCAAGUUCUUGGCUUUUUUUGGGGAUUUCUGGGUAUUUAGGUAUGAAUAUGAGGAUAGAGACUCAGAUGGCAUGUGGGUUGAAUGUGACUUGCUUGCUAUCAUCCUCUGUUUCAUGAAGGUUUUGGUGGGCUAGGCAGAAGAGAAUUUAUACACGCUUAUUUCUGCAGAAACCGAAGCUUAGCUAACCAUGGAUCUCAAUUUCAGAAAGUGCUUUGCUUCAAAGAAGGAAUCAUGGAGGUCUGUAGUGCUUCUUGCUUAUCAGAGUCUCGGUGUCGUCUAUGGAGAUUUGAGCAUUUCCCCACUGUACGUGUUUCGAAGUACUUUCGCUGAAGACAUUCAUCACUCAGAGACCAACGAAGAGAUCUUCGGUGUUCUGUCCUUUGUCUUCUGGACUCUCACUUUGGUCCCUUUGAUCAAAUAUGUCUUCAUUGUUCUCCGGGCCGACGAUAAUGGAGAAGGAGGGACCUUUGCUCUGUAUUCUCUGCUCUGUCGUCACGCCAAAGUUAGCCUUCUGCCGAACCGACAGCUCGCUGACGAGGCACUGUCGACGUAUAAACUGGAGCAUCCACCCGAGAAGAAUCACGACUCGUGGUUGAAGAGAUACCUCGAGAAACACAAGUCUCUUCACACUGCUUUACUGGUUUUGGUUCUUAUUGGCACUUGUAUGGUAAUCGGAGAUGGAAUUCUCACUCCAGCUAUUUCUGUUUUUUCUGCUGUGUCUGGUCUCGAACUAUCAAUGUCUAAGGAACACCAUGAAUAUGCCGUGAUUCCGAUAACAUGUGUCAUCUUAGUCUGCCUCUUCGCCCUUCAGCAUUUUGGAACGCAUCGUAUUGGAUUUGUUUUCGCUCCCAUUGUCUUGACUUGGUUGCUAUGUAUAAGCAGUCUCGGCAUAUACAAUAUAAUCAAGUGGAACCCUCAUGUGUAUAAAGCUCUGUCUCCAACGUACAUGUUCAUGUUCUUGAAAAAGACGAGAAGAAGUGGAUGGAUGUCCCUCGGCGGGAUCUUGUUGUGCAUAACCGGUUCCGAGGCCAUGUUUGCUGAUCUCGGGCACUUCUCUUACGCAGCAAUUCAGAUUGCCUUUACCUUCGUGGUUUACCCGGCUCUUAUAUUGGCUUACAUGGGGCAAGCGGCUUACUUAUCCCGGCAUCACCAUUCCAUUUAUAAGAUAGGGUUCUAUGUCUCCGUGCCUCAAAGUGUGAAGUGGCCUGUGCUCGUGAUUGCGAUUCUUGCGUCUGUCGUCGGAAGCCAAGCGAUCAUCAGCGGGACUUUCUCCAUCAUAAACCAGAGCCAGUCUCUCGGCUGCUUCCCGAGAGUCAAGGUUGUUCACACGUCCGAUAAGAUCCAUGGUCAGAUUUACAUUCCCGAGAUUAACUGGCUGCUAAUGAUUCUCUGCAUCGCUGUCACAAUCGGGUUUCGGGAUGUAAAACACCUCGGAAAUGCAUCGGGGCUAGCUGUAAUGGCGGUCAUGCUGGUAACGACGUGCUUGAUGUCGUUAGUCAUCGUUAUCUGCUGGCACAAGCCGCCGAUCCUAGCCAUGGCGUUCCUGCUCUUCUUCGGUUCGGUCGAACUCCUUUACUUCUCGGCCUCGCUCACCAAAUUCCGCGAAGGGGCUUGGCUACCGAUCCUCCUCGCCCUUUUCCUCAUGACCGUCAUGUUCGUCUGGCACUACGCCACCGUCAAGAAAUAUGAGUACGAUCUCCACAACAAGGUCUCCCUCGAAUGGCUCCUCGCGUUAGGCCCGAGCCUCGGAAUCACCCGAGUUCCCGGUAUCGGAUUAGUCUUCACCGAUCUAACCUCGGGUAUUCCCGCAAACUUCUCACGGUUCGUCACCAACCUCCCGGCUUUCCACCGAGUUCUGGUCUUCGUCUGCGUGAAAUCCGUUCCCGUCCCUUAUGUUCCGCCGGCCGAGAGGUACCUCGUGGGACGGGUAGGACCAGUGGACCACCGCUCGUACCGCUGUAUCGUGCGUUACGGGUACCGAGACGUCCACCAGGACGUGGAUUCCUUCGAAGCGGAGCUUGUGAGCAGACUGGCGGAUUUCAUACGGUACGACUGGCAUAGAAGAACACAGGGCGGAGCCCACGAUCAGGACCACGACGACACAUCGCGGUCAGUCCGAUCGAACGAAUCAACCAGCGAGUCGAGACUAGCGGUGAUCGGGACAGUGGCGUUCGAGAUCGAGGAGAGCCUGCAGCCGGAGAGCGUGUCGGUGGGGUUCACAACAGUGGAGAGCAUCAACGACGUGAUUGAGAUGGAGACGACGAUGCAGCCACAGCAAGCCAACGCCAUGAAAAGGGUGAGGUUUGCAGUGGAGGAGGAGGAGGAAGAAGAGGAGGAGGAGAUGGAGCUGAUGGAGGAGAUGGAGGAGCUGGUAACGGCGCAGCAGGCGGGGACGGCGUUCAUAUUAGGGCACUCGCACGUGAAGGCGAAACAGGGUUCGUCACUUGUGAAGAGAUUGGCUGUGAAUUUCGGAUACAACUUCUUGCGGAGGAAUUGCAGAGGUCCCGAUGUUUCCCUCAAGGUCCCUCCCGUUUCCCUCUUGGAGGUCGGCAUGGUUUACAUCGUUUAGAGACUCCUCUCUCAUCUCUCUCUCUACUGUAAAUGCUGACACUCCUUUUGUUUCUUACAAAACUGAGACCGAAGAUGGUGUCUGUCGUCGUGUGUUUUUCUUAAUGUUGGGUUAUAGAUUGUAAUUAUGUUAAAUCGCUGAUUUUUGUUUUGGCAA